GCCAAGGCAGGGGUGGAUGGUGGGCCCUGUCCGCAGACUUGAUAGUCUUCAAGAUGGUGCUAAUUAUGCACUCGUCGACUGGCAGGCCGGGGGUGACCUGAAGCGGCUGAAUCCCAUUGGCCCAGCUUCAUUGAGCCCGUCUGUACCGCUGCGGGAGGGUUACACUGACGAAUUGCCAGUCCCGGACGUCUGUCUCCAUCGGUAAGUUCUGCAACGCCAGACAGGACGGAAGACUCAAUACACCGAGCGAUGUCGCGGAGCGGCGGAGCGGCUUUAAUGGCCUAGUGUACGAAGCCACAGUCCCCCCCAUGUUCCGCGAAUUAAUGGGGAUUCGUUCCCACUACGGAGUACAAGUCUACAAAACGGUGCUCUCCCCGCUGCCACGCUUAUGGGGCACUUUAGAAGUCCAGAACUCGCGCCCCCAGGACGACUCUCACAUACCUUGGGCGGGAACUAGCCCAUUCCUGUUUUGUUGUUACACGCCACGACCAUCCGUCGCAACCGGGAAUCGCAAAAUCAUGGCUGAUCCCUCUUCCACCGUCCCGUUAGCUACCACUGCUGCUCCUGCUAGCCCCGCACCGGGAACGGCUCCGGCUGGUGAUGCUGCUGUGCCGGCAGCGGCGGCAGCGCCAGCUCCGGGAACCAAUGACAACGGCCCGCCGAGCCCGGCACCGGCGCCUCUCGAACCUGAUGAGGAUGAAGGCAAUUUCACAGAGGGUUCUUCUACAGCUGAUGACCGCAUCUCGAGUUAUACCGCCUCGUUAUCCUCGAGCGUCGUAGACUAUCCCAUCGAAUACGGACGUCGCUAUCAUGCUUUCCGACCAGGAUCGUAUAAAUUCCCCAAUGAUGAGUCUGAGAUGGAUAGGCUCGACUUGGCCCACGCGAUGAUGGUCAAGGCGAUUGGGAGCAGGCUGUAUAACGCGCCACUGAAGAAGGAAAAGGUGCAGAGGAUCCUUGAUAUCGGGACUGGGACCGGACUGUGGGCCGUGGAAAUGGGCGACGUCUUUGAGAACGCGGAGGUUCUCGGCAUUGAUCUGAGUCCUAUCCAGCCGGAAUGGGUCCCUCCCAACGUCAAAUUCGAAAUCGACGACGUCGAGAGCCCGUGGGUCGGCAAUAGGAAAUACGACUUCAUCAUGUGCCGGUACAUGGUCGCCUCCAUCAAGGACUGGCCCGGCCUGAUCAGGAACAUAUUCGACCACCUAAACCCAGGAGGCUGGGUCGAAUUCCAAGACGUAAACACGCAAUUCUACUCCGACGACGACACCUUCUCCCAAGACUCCGCCACCGCCCGCUGGAUGGCCGGCUUCGCGACCGCCUGCAAGGGGAUGGGCCGCGACACCGACGUGGCGCCCACCCUCGCCUCCCUCCUUCGUCAGGGCGGCUUCCCCCCGGAGACGGUCCACGCCCACCGCAUCAAGGCGCCCCUGGGCCCCUGGGCAAAAGACCAGUUCCACAAGGACCUGGGCAUGAUGAACCUGAUCUUGACGAUUGACGGCCUCGAGGCGCUUUCGCUCAAGUUGUUCUCGGAGCUGUUGGGGCGGACGCAGGAGGAGAUUCUGGUGGAGACUGCUGCUGUGAGGAGGGAGUUGAAGACGGGUGCUUUUGGGGCUUUUCAUGCCAUGUUUGAUAUUUACAACGUGUAUGCGCAGAAGCCGUUGGAGACGGGAGAUACUACGCAGUGAGUCUGGCAUGUCUACCAAAUUCUGCAUUCUUAGAUAAAAGGGUCAUGAUGGUUUCAAGUAUGACAAUGAUUCUCCUCGUUUCUCCAAUUUCGAAAGAGUUACUUGUUGAGCGGCAAGUGGCCAUCAAGUUUGACUACAGAUUUUACAAUUGCUCGCAAAAUUGUGUUGUCUCUCAUGGCGCUUUGCUCUAAAUCCAACGAAACGAGAGUCUACAGCAUCUCGAGCUACGCGUGCUCUCCAGGUCAAAGAGCACCAAAUUAC